AUGCAUCAUUUAACACAUUCUAUCAUUCCAUUACGUUUUCUCCGUUUUUCUUGUGUUUUUUCGCCGUUUUUUAAGAGAUAUAUCUCUUUAAAUAGACAUCACAAAACACCAUUAUAUGAUUUACAUAUAGAAUAUGGCGCAAAGAUGACUGAAUUUGCAGGGUUUUGGAUGCCUCUUUUCUAUGCAGAUCAGAGUAUUUUAGAGUCUCAUCUUCAUGUUCGUUCAAAAGCUGCAGUUUUUGAUGUAUCGCAUAUGAUAUUUAGAGUCUCUGGGUCACAGGCUGCACCUUUUCUUGAAUCAUUGACUCCUUCAGAUAUCCAGCAGUUGCCACUUGGGACGUCCGUAUUAUCAGUUUUACUUAAUACUGAUGGAGGAAUUGAAGAUGACUUGAUGGUGUAUCGGCAUGAAGAUAAUGUGUUUUAUCUUGUUACAAACGCAGCUACACGUUCAAAAAAUAUCAAAUAUUUUGCAGAUCAUCUGUGUGCUUGGGACAAUACACAUGUAAAAGUUGAAGAGCGUACAGAAGCGGCAUUGCUGGCACUUCAAGGGCCAUUGUCAGCCAGUAUUUUGCAAACACAUACCCAUUAUGAUCUUUCAACAGUCAAAUUUGGUGGUUUUGUCUCAGCUAAAGUUGCCGGAGUUGAUACAUAUGUUUCACGAACAGGUUAUACAGGAGAAGAUGGCUUUGAAAUUUCUAUUCCAUCAAAACAUGCUGUUUCAGUAUUAAGGGCGUUUCUUCGUACAAGUGAUGCAUUGCGAUUAGCUGGACUUGGUGCUCGAGAUUCUCUUCGUUUAGAGGCCGGCAUGUGUUUAUACGGCACGGAUAUCGACCAUAUGGUGACACCGGUCGAAGCGAGCCUUUCAUGGAUUAUUGGGAAACGAAGACGUGAAGAGGGUGGGUUUCCGGGGGAUCUGCGGAUUCUAAAACAAUUGCGUGAAGGCGUUCAGCACAAAAGAGUUGGUUUGGUUGUUAAAGGUGCCCCUGCAAGACACGGUGCCUCUAUUCUUUCUGCUGAUGGUUCAGAGAAGAUUGGACAUGUGACAUCGGGAUGUCCUUCUCCUUCUCUUGGGAAAAAUAUUGCUAUGGGCUAUAUUAAGACGGGUUAUCAUAAAAAAGAUACCCAAGUGACUGUUGAUGUUCGUGGGAAACCUCGAAACGCACUUGUUUCUAAGAUUCCAUGGAUUACUACAAAAUACUACAGGUAG